AUGCCACUGGAAGGGUCCACCGCUGGUGCAGAUCGGCAGCCGUCGCCUUCACCUAUACCGACAGACGGAGGUCCCGAUCAGCUGUUCAACACGAACGCAACGGUCGGGGAUACCGUCUCCUUAUCGGUGGUGUUUGACGAGCCCGAUCAUGCACCAGUUUUGACCGUCAGUUCCGCGGCCCCCACUGAUCCGUCCGCUUUCUCGGUCACUAACGACGGUACGAAAGUGAACGGCGACGCGGGACUACCACCAGCACCACCGUCGCCACCGGCAGUACAGAUCAAAACGGCAGCGCGUAAGUCCAAACAAUCGAACCACAACCACCAUCACCACCAUUACACGCCCCGGUACGAUCUGGAGCAAGAGCAAGACCAUCCUGACGGUGUAUCCACUUUAGCCGAGCUGCUGCACGAGUCGCGCCUUCAGGCAUCCGUCCACGACAUUUUGAACGAUGGCGAAGAGGACCAGAUGUUCAUCACCGGAUAUGCGAGCUGCCGGCGCAAAACCUUCCUGUGUUACGUCGCAAUCGUGUUUACUUUCGGCAUCCUGCGGCUGGUGAUGCACUGGCGGCGCCAUUGGCUGCUGUUGGCCACGCACCGCGAGUGUUCGCUGGAGCGCGCCGAGAAGGUGCUGAUUCACGAAGCCUACCAACGGAAGCAUGAUCUGUACUACGUGAAGGACAUCAUUACGCUCAGUGGAGACGCCAUUAGCGACAUUACAAGCAGCGGAAAGAAGCCUUCAUCGACCAAUGCACGCAAUCUCGUGAAGGAAUUGGCACAAAACGGGAUCACCGAUCCGAUCGACUUCUUUCGCACACUCGCACCGUUCCAGGUGGCGUAUCAUCGAAGUGGUGGCCGGUUCGAACACACGAGCACGAUGCGCUACUUUUGCUGCAAGAAACUGCGCUACAUCUGGUGCGACGAGAGCAAGAAGUUUGUGAAGCUGCACGGGCUGGACGUGGAGGUGCCGAGCCCGGCGAUUCACCACGCAAAGGGUCUGUCGGUGUACGAGCAGAACAUCCGGCGGCUGGUUUACGGCAGCAACGAGAUCUUCAUCCCGCUGCGGGGCGUUCUGACGCUUCUCUUCCUAGAGGUGCUUAACCCGUUCUACGUGUUUCAGAUCUUCUCGGUGGUGCUGUGGUUCUGCUACGAGUACUACUACUAUGCGGUCGUAAUCAUAUUGAUGAGUGCCUUCGGCAUAACCGUGUCGAUCAUACAGACGCAACGAAACCAGCGUGCCCUCUACUCGACAGUCAAGAGCAACGACACGGCGAUGGUGGUGCGUGACAGCCUGGAAUCGGAACCGAUCGAGACACGAUUCCUGGUGCCAGGGGACGUUCUGGAGAUACCAGCCACCGGCUGCACGAUGCACUGCGAUGCGGUCCUAUUAUCCGGCAACUGCAUACUAGACGAGUCGAUGCUGACGGGCGAAAGUGUGCCGGUGACGAAGACUCCGUUGCCGCUAAAGCGUGAGUUGAUCUACAACCGGAAGGAGCACGCCCGCCAUACGCUCUUUUGUGGAACUCGCGUCAUUCAGACGCGCUACAUCGGCAGCGAAAAGGUGCUGGUGAAGGUGCUGAACACGGGUAAUAUUACGGCGAAGGGUGGCCUAAUCCGGUCGAUUCUCUACCCCCCACCGGUUGACUACAAGUUCGAGAAGGAUUCAUACAAGUUUAUCACCGUGCUGGGCAUCGUCGCUUUCUGUGGCUUCGUGUACACGCUGUAUACGAAAAUUAGCCGCAGUGUCGGGGUGGUGAAAAUUAUCGUGGAGUCGCUCGAUCUGAUUACGAUCGCCGUUCCGCCGGCACUGCCGGCUGCGAUGACCGUGGGGCGGAUGUACGCCCAGAAGCGGCUCAAGCGCAGCAACAUCUACUGCAUUUCCCCGCGAGCGAUCAACGUUUCCGGCAGCAUCGAUUGCGUGUGCUUCGACAAGACGGGCACGCUGACGGAGGACGGGCUGGAUAUGUGGGGCGUGCUGCCAAAAGAUGCGACCAACAACUUCCAGAUACCGCUGAAGCAGAUCGGACGGCUACCGAUGAGCGACCACCUGCUGUUCGGGAUGGUGACGUGCCACUCGAUCACCUUCGUGAACGGCGAGAUGCGCGGCGAUCCGCUGGAUUUGAAGAUCUUCGAAUCGACGGGCUGGAUACUGGAGGAGGCGAACGUUUCGGAUGAGACGAAGUACGACAUGCUGUUUCCGACGAUCGUGAAACCCCCGCGAGGUGACUCGCGGGAUGAUCUUAACCUCGAGCUGGAUGUGGCGUACGACAAUUCGAACGACAUUGGCAUCGUCCGGGAGUUUUCCUUCACGAGCGCCCUGCAACGGAUGUCGGUCAUUACGCGCAAGGUGUCGGACAAUCACUUCAACGUGUACGUCAAGGGUUCACCGGAAAUGAUCAGCUCGUUGUGCAAGGCUGAAAGCAUUCCGGGAGAGUUUCAGGCAAAACUGGGCUUCUACGCUCAGCAGGGCUACCGGAUCAUUGCGAUUGCGUACAAGCAGCUCGAUAAGAAGCUAAACUACCCGAAGGUGCAGAAGAUCGCCCGCGAAAAGGUCGAGUGUGACCUGGAGUUUCUUGGCUUCGUCAUUCUGGAGAACCGCUUGAAGACGGACACGGAGGAGGUGAUCGAAAGUCUGAAUACGGCACGGAUUCGUUCGGUGAUGGUGACGGGAGACAACCUGCUCACGGCGGCAAGUGUCGCGCACGAUUGCGGAAUGAUACUGGAUGACCAGAGUUUGGUGACGGUUACGGCACACGCAGACAAAGGGCACCCUGAGCGGUACUUCCUAUCGUAUGACAUCUCCGGCCAGGCACAGCUAACCCGUUCCGAUAUAAUAAACGAUAACGAUCGGGUACUAGGCGGAGGAGAUGGAGAGAAGCUGAAGAACGGCGGUGGUAACUAUGCGCUGAUGACGGAAUCGAACAGCAUUAGCAGCUCGAUCGAUACGUGCACCAUCUCGACGCAGCUGAGCACCCUCGAUAAGGACGUGCAUCGUAUAAGGAUCGAGCCGGACAUUUGCAGCGUCUCACCAAACGGGGCGCUCGACGAAGGACGAGACGGCCCGACGAAGGCAGGCGGUGGUUCGUUCCGUUUUGCAUUGACUGGCAAAACGUGGGCCAUCAUCAACGAACAUUUCCAGGACUUGGUGCCCCUUAUCACGACAUACGGUACCGUAUUUGCGCGAAUGUCCCCGGAUCAGAAGCAACAUCUCAUUACGCACCUGCAAAGCCUCGGCUACUACGUGGCAAUGUGCGGGGACGGUGCGAACGACUGUGGUGCACUGAAGGCGGCCCAUACGGGCAUUUCCCUUUCGGAAGCGGAAUCAUCCGUAGCGUCACCGUUUACGUCAAAAAAUCCAACCAUUGCCUGCGUACCAAAUGUGAUCAAGGAAGGCCGGGCGGCACUCGUUACGUCGUUCGGCAUUUUCAAAUUCAUGGCUGCCUAUUCGCUGGUGCAGUUCGCAUCCGUCGUUAUCCUGUACUCGAUCGAUUCCAAUCUGACCGACUGGGAGUAUCUCUACAUUGAUCUGUUCAUCAUCUCCAUCGUGGCGUUUUUCUUUGGGAAAACGUCGUCAUACGAGGGCCCCCUAGUCAAGGAGACACCGUCGAAUUCGUUAAUCUCGCUCGCCCCCCUUCUGUCGCUGGCCCUGCAUAUGCUGGUAGCGAUCGGUUUCCAGCUGGCUGGCUGGUACCACGUACAUGCGCAACCCUGGUUCGAGCCGUUCAACUACACUACCGAUCGGGAUCUGAACGAUCACGGAUGUUACGAAAACUACACGAUAUUUUCGAUUUCCUGCUACCAGUACUUGAUCCUUGCGGUUGUCUUCUCCAAAGGGGCACCCUACCGAAGGUCCCUUUUCUCCAACUAUGGCUUCAUCAUCAGUAUCGUCAUCAACACGGGACUCGCUAUCAUGCUGACCCUCUACCCACCGCAUUGGUUGAUGGAGCAGUUCGAACUAGUGAUGCCCCCGGAGGGAGAGUUCCACUUCCGUCUGUACCUGGUCGCGUACGGGUUCGUCAACUUCCUGCUGUCGCUGUUCAUCGAGAAGGUGAUCGUAGACGAAAUUGCUUUCAAGCGGUUGCGCUACCGCUGGCACAACAUCGCCAAAUCCCGGCGCAAGUACUUAACGAUACAGCAGCGGUUCCAGCAAGAGAUCCAGUCCCCAAAUGAUCUGAAAACGGUGUACGGGUGGUCGAACGAAAAGUACGAUUACUGACGCCACCUUACGUGGAUGGGAGUAGUAGCGGCCUGGUGGAUGCUUCCGACGGUGCAGGCGACCAUCGUUUGCCAUUGGAAAGAAGCUGGUUACUACAACCGAGAGGCCAAGCUUCGGUAGCAUUCUUUCUGCCGUGACCGUUUAGUUCGGCUUGGAUCUUUUGUUUCUUUUCUUUCGUCAUAAAUUCGCAGCAGGUGCCUAUGUUACGGAAUGGUGCGCACAUUGUUCUAAAAGGCUUCUAGUCACCAUUAUUAUGACAGACAAUAAUGAUGCGAAUGUGACCGGCUCAUCAAGACUACACCUCAUCGUCCUUACAGAUAGACAAAAAUGUUAAAAAAAGAAUGAUAUUUGCGUAUUUUUGCAACCCCGGGGGUUAUUCCCUAAACGGAGCUCCUGCUCCCCUGGACUUAAGGAUGAUGAAAAGAGGUCUAGAGAAAAGAGCCCUCCACAAGCCUGCCCGGGGCCUCUAUCGACAAACUUCUCCACUACUACGAACAGUUACGGAAUGCUGUGGUAAAAAUUACCUGUGUGUGUGAUGAGCAGGAAACGGCCAUAGUAAUUAUGUUAUUUCCGUUUUUCUUUUUCUUAGGUUCUCUCGUGUAAAUAGAAACCGUGUUUUGUGUGUAUCCACAAUGUAUCACCCUGAACCCUAAUAGAUAGGGCCAAAAAGAUACAGUUUUAUGAUUCGUGCGGAUUGCUUUAAACAUACAGGUCUUUGGACAGCAUUGUUUAGUUGAAAAAUGGUUCAAAAUCUUGCAAAUGCUAGAAUAAUUGCAUUGAUUAGAGGUUCCACCAUAUUCCCUCCUUCUAGACAUCUAGAGUUCUUUGAUCUCUCCUCGUUUAGAAAAGAGCAAGUUAUAUGGAUGAAGUAAUGAAGAUACGAAUUAACGGCUGCUGAGUAAGGGCUCUUCAUAACCAAUUUCAUGCUUGACAUAUAGGGGGAAUAACUAUGUAACUGAUCCUAUUCCUGAUCCUUCUUAAAUAUCCGUCUGAAGUCUUCUGCAGUCGGUCUAUUCCAGACCCAAGCGAGAAUGUCGUUUUUCUUAAAUCCCAGAACGGAUAGAAAAUACUGGUAUGCUAUGAGUACUGAACAAUCCUUGAAUCGUGUGGUAAUUGAACAAAUUCUGAGUCUUGCAUAUUCAUGAUCCAUGUUCCGAACCAUUAACAUAUCAAAUGCUGAGACAAGUCUUGAAUAGUUUUUAUUCUGUUCCCAAGUUGGAUGAUUCUUUAAGAAAGACACCACAGAACUCUGAGCUACAAGAUUGAUCGGAGGCGCGAAUACUUUAGCAACUCGUGCUCCGAGAAGAUCAACAUAUUCUGUAUUUAAAGUUGAGUGGAAUCGAUAAGGCCCCAUGAGCAAGCCUAUGUAUCCUUCUCUCAGGGCUUCCGGGAAUUGUUCACCAGACGUGAACAGAGUCAUAUUCGGGAAAUAUUUUACAUCUAAAAUAUUCGAAAUCCUCAUUCUUUCUCCCCGUCUCCCUAAAACAACACCGAAGGAAACCUAAUCUUCAAAUAAUGGUUCAGUCUCAACCACAGAUAAUAAUUCCCACAGGAAAGCAAAAUCAAGGAUCCACAAACAAAAUGCAAACUGAUCGACGAAGCAAAUGAUAUAAACUAUAAAUUGGUUGCCAGUUAUGAAACUCGUUGUCUUUUCUCGCUUACCACGUACCAAUAGCUUAGAAAAAGUACUCUCUCAGCACAAUCUUCAUCGUUCUACUUUUUCUUCUCCAGUUCGUUCUCAGGGAACUUCGGUCCCGGGUCUAUAAAAUAGUUUUCAAUCUUCACUCGAUACCAAAUGAAGAAGGGUACGCAGAAACGAUAGCGACAGUUUACUAGUAGAAGUGCGAAAGAAGGAAAGAAGGUCAGUUAUUAGACGUACCAUUAGGUUUAUACGGAAGGAUGGAGAUAAGAGUUGAUACGGUGGAUUUUAUCGUCGGCGUUGGUUGGUAGCAGUUGAGAAAUACCGUCAGGCUGUUUCUAUUUUGCAAAUGAUCUACUACCGCUGGGAACAUCGGUCUCCCAUGCAUACGUUUGAUGAGAAUAUUAGGACUAUUUAUGAUUUAUGAGUGCUUUAUCUGUGUACUACUGGUCGCCUUCCGUUUUAGGUAUUCUUAGAGCUUUAUUUAAAACCCACGACACAUGUGAACAGGUGAAUGAUUUUACAACUUCUCUUUUUUUACGAACCGCGUUAGUUAUUGUAAGUGAAUCAAGCGGAAAUCUGCGGUAUUAGUAUUUGCAAGAUAACGAGUGUCACUAGUUGUAGCCGUUAUGCCGUAGAGAGAGCCUCACAUAUUGUACAAUAUAUGUUGGUUAUAAACGAAUAUUGUUUCGCCAAAACUUACCACUCUAGCCUCAAGUUUUAAUUGCUAUUAGGUGAUUAGUAAAUUAACUUAAAUUAACGUUAAACUUCCCUGUAGAGGAACAGCACAGAUUGAUUCAAAAUCAACGAACGGAUUGCACCCAACAGAUACGCAUUUUGUUUGACAAAAGUUUUGCUACUAGUUGGUUGGAUCGUUUCGAGCGUUGCGCUUAGUGUUGCUACCGAUCAUGUAUAACAUGUAGAGGAUAAGGUCAUGAUAAGGAUAAGGGUUUUGUGUGGAUGUAUAUA